AUGAACUAUUUGUUUCCAAAAGACGCCAGCAAAUAUGUGACAAUCGUCAGAAACCCGGUCGAACAGUUUGAGUCGACUUUUAACUACAUGCAAAUCGGAACUGUGUUCGGUUUUGGGACAGAUCCAUCUGAAUCAUUGAAAGCCUUUCUAAAGAAUGGAAUAGGAUUUAAUAUGCUCAGAAAAAGCGGAAGUUCUGUUUUAGCUAGAAAUCCGCAAAUGUUUGAUCUAGGUUUGGAUUUCAAGUUUUAUCAGGAUGCCAAAGCCAUUAAAGAGUACGUUGAAUUCUUGGAAGAAGAGUUUGAUUUGGUUUUAGUCGCAGACUAUUUUGACGAAUCUGUGGUUCUUAUGAAGAGAUUACUAUGCUGGGAAUUGACGAUGUACUUUUGUAAAAACAAACGAACGGCUUGA